UUCAAGCAUCUGCAGAACGUGCAUAAUGAGAAAUGCACGAAGUGUGGAAAAAUCUGUACUUGCGACGAGAAAGAGAAAAUUCAGCAGAAGCCGAACAAAAAAUCGUAUCGAUGCGAUAAAUGCGACAAGUCUUUCGAAAACGAACUGAAAUUGCAGAAACAUCUAAGAAUUCACGAGCGCGCUAAAGAACAGCAAGACGUAAAUUUCAAAAGGUUUUUAUGCCACAUCUGUAGUAAAACCUUUCGACAAAAUACAGGCCUUAUGUUUCACAUGCGAACACAUACCGGAUACAAGCCUCACGUUUGCAAAUAUUGCGGAAGAGGAUUUACGUCGAAUUCCAAUUGCAUUAAUCACGAAAGGACUCAUACCGGCGACAGGCCGUUCGUUUGCCAUUUCUGUAGUGCAGCAUUUGCCAAAUCUUGUACUCUUAAAGCGCACAUCACGACACACACUGGGGAGGCGAAUUAUCACUGUAAAACUUGCGGUAAAUCGUUUCGGAGAUUGAAGUACUUAAAGGAGCACGAGUUCACUCACACAGGAGAGAAGCCGUACGCUUGUAAAAUCUGCGGCACUGCGUACAGCCACUCCGGUAGUUUAUUCGUACAUGAGAAAAAAUGCAAAGCACAGUACAAUACUUACCAACCUAACUCGACGCCGAACGCGCAAAGUUAUUGUAAUUCGGAAACAUCGUCCCCAAACGUGACUCCUCUCAUCACGGGCUUACCACAAACACAUUUGAAUAAUAUUAAUGUAUUGAACACGGAAAGCAGCAAGACUUAUAUCGAUAAUGUACAGAGAUUAAAUUCUCAGAAUAUCUCUAAUGUAAAUCCGAUCAAUGCGCCUGAUUUACACACAAAUUCGAAUGCGGAUAUCCCCGAUGUCUCUUUAGCUGUUAAGAACUUUGCUCUCAUUGGGCAAAUGUUUUAAUCUUAGAACGUAGAAUUAAAAUGUUUCUGUGAUAAACUUUCAUUUCGCGAAUAUGUUCCGAUUUCACGUGAAAGAAAUAUAUCUCGCGUUAAUGAAACGAAAUAAUGAUAAU